AUGACAGAUACAACCAAGACGUCAAAAGCCAUGCUGGUGCAUGAGCUUAAGUUUCAAUGGGAGUUCAAGCAGACCGAUCUGGACAGUUGGAUGCCAGUAAAGACUGUUCCUACCAAUGUGCAUCUUGAUCUGAUCGCGAACGAUGUCGCAGAUACUGACAUAAGACAGNNGGGAUGGGAUUGGGGUCCUGUGCUGAUGACUUGUGGUCCUUGGCGAGCAGUUCGUCUUGAAACUUCAUAUGCUCGCAUCUCGGAUAUGCGCGUGGACUAUGAUCUCAGCAAAUCUCUGGAUGAUGUUGUCGUGCGAAUCGCAGUCUUUACCGAACGCUCUUCUGACGCAGAUGUCAAAAUUCGCAUCCUCUCAGCCCAUGAUCUGAUAUUCGAGAAGACGGUCUCGGUCAACAGCAAGGGUGUCGCGAAGGCAGACUUUCAUAUCUCUCAGCCAAAACUAUGGUAUCCUCAUGGCUAUGGCGAACAACCGUUAUACACUUGCGAGGCUGUGUUGGUCUUGAACGGCCAAACAGUGCAGUCUUGUAGCAGAAAGACUGGUUUCCGUCGUGGUGAACUGAUUCAAGAGCCAGAUGAAGUCGGCAAAACAUUCUUNUUCAGAAUCAACGGCAUUGAUGUGUUUUGUGGCGGCUCUUGCUGGAUCCCUGCUGAUAGCUUCACCCCACGAAUCACGAAAGAGCGAUACCAGUCGUGGCUGCAAACCAUGGUCGAUGGCUACCAAGUCAUGAUAAGGGUCUGGGGCGGUGGUAUCUGGGAAGAGGAUAUCUUUUAUGAAACCUGUGACGAGCUCGGCAUCCUCGUAUGGCAAGACUUCAUGUUCGGCUGCGGAAACUAUCCCGCUGCGAUCAAAGAGUUUAGAGAUUCCGUCGAGGCCGAAUGUGUUGCCCAAGUCAAACGUAUCCGUCAUCAUCCUUCGAUUGUCAUUUAUGCUGGCAACAACGAAGAUUACCAAGUGCAAGAACAAUGUGGUCUCACUUACGACUACCCCGACAAGAACCCUGAGAACUGGCUGAAAACCGACUUCCCUGCAAGGUAUAUCUACGAGAAGACCGUCGGUGACAUGCAUCAAUGGAAUGUAUGGCACGGCACUCAAGAGAAGUAUCAGAUCUUCGACACGCUUGGUGGCCGCUUCAACAGCGAAUUCGGUAUGGAGGCCUUCCCUCACAUCGACACGAUCAAAUACUAUGUCACCGAUCCGGCCGAGCUCUACCCUCAAUCGCACAUGAUCGACUUUCACAACAAGGCUGAUGGACACGAGAGAAGGAUUGCAACAUACUUGAUCGAGAAUUUCAGAACAACAGAUACCUCUCUCGAAACGUACAUACAUCUCACGCAACUCAGCCAAUCAGACGCAUUGAUGUACGGCUACCGUGGCUGGCGACAGCAAUGGGGUCAGAAAAGGCACUGUGGUGGUGCUCUUGUAUGGCAACUCAAUGAUUGCUGGCCCGUCACAUCGUGGGCUAUCAUCGACUAUUUCCAACGCAAGAAACCUGCUUACUACGCUAUGCGUAGAGUUUUGGCACCAAUCGCCAUUGCAGUCAAGCGCGCGCACCAUGAUUGGAGCGUCGUUCAUGCCCGACCUGCGAAGACAAGUUCUUACCAAUGCUGGGUAUCCAGCAACAGCACGAAAAGUGUGACAGCGUUCAAAGUGGAGCUAAAGUUCAUAUCUAUCGCUACUGGCAAGGAAAUCAAGCCAGCCCUCAUCAGAGACAACGUAAAGAUUACGGCAAAUGGCACAACGGAUAUUUUUGAUGGCGAAAUUAACAAUGANAAGGAAGAGCCGCAUGUCCUAGCGGCGCGGAUCUGGGUAGAUGGGGAGGAAGAGGUCGUGUCACGAGAUGUCGAUUGGCCUCAACCCCUCAAGUAUCUGAACAUGGAGGAAAGGGGCGUCAAGGUGGCAUUUGACGAUGGCAAAAUCACAGUGACAUCACAGAAGCCGACAAAAGGUCUGGUCUUCGAAGAACGCGAAGGUGUUCUUGUGAACGAUAGUGCUGUGGACAUUGUGCCUGGAGACGAACAGGUCAUCACAGUCAGAGGGUUGAAACCUGGUGAUGCACCACUGAGAUGGCGCUACUAUGGGCAAUAG